AGGUGGCGGUGGUUGGCAUCUGUACAUGAUGGUGGUGGCCACCCCUCCUCCAACACCACACUUCUCAGGGCCAGAAUAGUAAACACCUGUGAGUGGUCCUGGAGAGGUUGGCUUCGUGUUGUUCGACAAGUAAAGAUCUCCCAGCCCAGUUUAUAUGGCGGACUUCACCGAGAGUAACCUUUGCCGCCCCAGUGCACCCAGUGAGUAUCUCCUCAAGAAGCCGAAGGCCAAGAGAAAGAAGCUCAAAGUGGAUGUGAAUAAGUUAAAGCACAACAAGAGACACUCAGCAUCUCUGGGUCCUCAAAUUGGAUUUAGGACGUCCAACUUAGCCAACACACAGCAGAGAAUUGCCACUAACAAUAAAAACAAUAAUAAUACAUCUAGGCGAGGCGUUGAGACAAACAAUGAAGACAGUGCUUGCCAUGACUUACACUCAGGCGUAAGUUUACCAGGAAACAGUGAAGAGACUGCCUCCAAGGAAACUCACAUACUGAGUUCACAAGGAGAAUCGGCCGACCACAAGAAUAUGAACCCGAAGUCCAAUCACUUAUCAGCUCAUACAGAGUUUAUAAAUUACCAAAUGCGUUGUAGUGGUCAGGAGACUGAAAUAAAUAUCCAGGACACACAUCCAAUAAAUGUCUCCGACAUUCAAGAACAGUUCACCAAGAUGGAUCUUAAACAGUGUGAAAAAGAUCUCACUCUGUUGAAAAUUAACGCCCGUAACUUGGCUGUAUCUAAGACUUAUGAAGAAACUCUCGGUGACUAUUUUAUGUCGGGAAAAGCAGAAGUCAAUCACAUCAGCUCAGUGCGGAUCUCCGUUACAGACUCUGUGGUUAACAAAGUGCACUAUCCUCGGCAAAAUGAGACUCUCAUCGAUACUUCCAUUUCAACCCAAGGAAAUGUAUCUGAGACUUCGAAGAACGAGACCUUAUUGCCAGUGUGUGAACGAAACAAAAUGAUAACAUUCAUCCUCAAUAAGCGUAAAAAAAUAAACCACCUUUUUCGAUAUGUAUGGGAAUUAAAGUGGAGGGGGAAUAGCAAGAAAGAAGACAAACAACUGCUAGUUGAGGAGGAUGUAAUGGGAGAGGAGGAUGACCCCGUGCAGGGAGGUGUACAGGUGCAUCACAACAAGACCAGGCCCCUGAGUGAGUGUACCACCAUCCAGGUCAAUGUUGCUGCUGCAGCCAAGAAGAGGAGACGACCCAGGAAAAAGAAUGUGUUUCGCGCUGGUUGUCGGUUGCGUCACUCGUUGGGUCGUGGUUGCCAUUACAUAGGCCACGGUCUAGUUAACAUGACAUCCACGUUCCCGGAAGCCUCCUUCAUGGGCCCUGUCACUCCCACCAGAGGCUACGAGUGUGAGUUCAUCAGCAGUGACUAUGUGACCACCGACUACACAGUGAGUCCAGUGACUGUUUAAAGGACGGCUAUCGCAUCAUCAGCAGCUACCGAAGGAAGUUACAGCAAUACUGAUCAACAAUCAUCAGCCGGCAUUAAACACCUUAUUACGUGUUUCAUAAAGACUGACAGGCGAUUCAGUUCAUCCUCUUACUUUCCCUAAAUACUCGGUACAAUCCCACCAAAUCUUUUCCUUUUCUGUUGCAUUGAAUCCUUGGUUUUCUGUCAAUGGACAAUUUCUUGGAGACGUCUACGUUUUGCUGUCCCCCCCCCUCACCCCCCCCCCCAAAAUAUAUAUUAAAGAAACAUCACCAUCCACACCACCGUCCACAUCAAUAUUGUGUUCUGUCCAACCAGUGGAACUUAUUAGUGUGCUCAGUGCUCUGAAUCAUUGUUAUGGCUCUCCUAAGUAAUAUGCGCCUUUCUCUAGCGGAGGUAAUUGUGCAACGUCCAGACAGAAACAGGCAUGGGGGGGCGGUGUUUGUGCCUAUAUAAGAAAUGACUUAACCUACAACCUUAAAUCUAACUUACAUGAUGACCUUCUUGUGGGCCUACGGCUGGAGAUAUUGUUACUCAAAACUAAACCCAUCCUCGUAGGCACUCUCUACCGCCCUCCCAACGAUAGUUAGUUUGAGGAUCUUUUUGUCAAGAUUUUAUCAAACACUGGACCCGACUGUGAAACAAUAAUACAGUGUGACAUUAAUAGUUGUUUUAAGCAAGAAUAAAACAGCAUGUAUAAGAAAUACUGUAUAAAAAAGUCUUAGAUAUAUGCGGCUUUAAACAAGUUAUCAAUUCAUCAAUCCGAAUAGCAAAGUCCUCAGCCACCAUACUAGCCAAGAUAAAAUCAGUCAAGUAGGAUCAUUCCUGUUGGCCUUAGUGACCACUUUAUCACCACCUGCAGCAGGGAAACGGUCAGGGGUAAGACAGGACAGCACACAUUAAUCAAAACACGAUCGAUGAAAAAUUACAAUAAAGAAAAGUUCCCAAAUAGACUGGAAAAUAUUGAUUAGUCACAUGUGACAAAUUGCAUGGAGGUUAACAAAGCCUCAGAGAAGUUCAAAACUACCUUUACAAAUGUUCUUGAUAACGUAGCACGCUUAAAAGAUUAUAGAAUAUAAGCUAGGGCUGAACCCUGGAUGACUAGUGAGAUAAUGGAGUCAAUCAUACACACGUCACCUCGUUCGUAAGUUUAAAAGAAAAAGACUAAAAAAAAGUAGAGAGAAAUGUUAAGUAAACGAAAAAAAAAGAAUAGUUAAACAAUAAGAUUGAGGAAAAUAAAAUAACCCCCAAAAGUUCUGGAAGUAACUAUUGUAGAAACCCUCGGACACAGCAACAAACCAAAAGAACGUUCCAAUAUAGUGUUAAAUAUCAAUAAUGAGCUUGUAUUAGCCCCUGUCUAACAGGCAGCAAUAUUUAUAUAAAUAUGGGCUACACACACUAGUUGUAUCUAGUUACAUCAACCACGGUAAUUAAACUAUGAGCAAGUGACUAGUAAAUAUUGAUGCCAGUGGCGCUAUCACCAAACCUCAUUGUCUUUCAAAUGACCCUGCGCACCACUGUCCAGCAGUGGUCAUCAACUAUUAGCCGGUUACCACAGAUGGCCCAGGAAUCUCACACUGAUCACUCGGAGGAACGAAGCUCCAUUUACAGGGUGCUCGCCUCAUACCCUCCUAAGCUAACUGCUCAUAGUGUUAGUUAUGGUGACAUCCUACGUUAAUUGUACAUAGAUGAAUUUUGUUAUAAUAAAAAGAGAAAAACAA